AAAAAAGGGCUUGUCCUGCUCACUUCAAACCAGACUUUAUGCUAUUUGUGCUUCCUCUCUUCUUCACACUUUUUUGAUUUCCCUCCCAACCACAAAUGCAUAUGGCGAAGACCUCCCUCUUGUUCAUCGCUUGGAUCGUUUCACUUCUUUCGCACACCGCCUGCCAAGCCAAGGUCUGGCAAUUCGAAUGGGAGGUGGGUUAUGUAUACGCAUCGCCGGACUGCGAAGAGAAACUCGUGAUGGCAAUCAACGGCCAGUUCCCAGGCCCGACCAUCCGCGCCAAGGCCGGCGACACGAUCCAUCUCAAGCUGAAGAAUACUCUCGACACCGAAGGAGUUGUCAUCCACUGGCACGGUAUCAGACAGCAAGGAACACCUUGGGCUGAUGGCACUGCCUCCAUCUCACAAUGCGCAAUCAAUCCUGAGGAGACUUUUAACUACGCAUUUGAAGUCGACAAGGCUGGCACAUAUUUCUACCAUGGACAUUAUGGGAUGCAGAGAGCUGCAGGGCUGUAUGGUUCUCUCAUAGUUGAUGUGGCUGAUGGUGAAGAGGAGCCAUUCCACUAUAAUGGAGAGUUCAAUCUACUUCUCAGUGAUUGGUAUCAUAAGAGCAUUUAUGAUCAGAUGGUUGGACUCUCUUCCAGACCCAUGAAAUGGAUUGGAGAACCCCAAAGUCUAUUGAUCAAUGGCAGAGGGCAGUACAACUGUUCCCUGGCCGCACAUCUUAUCCAAGGAUCCAGCACAUGCAAGUUAACAAAAGACUGUGAACCUGUUGUGCUCCAAGUUCUUCCAAACAAGACAUACAGGCUGCGAAUUGCAAGCACUACCUCACUGGCUUCACUAAACCUGGCCAUUGGAAAUCACAAGAUGACAGUGGUGGAAGCAGAUGGCAAUUAUGUGGAACCAUUCAGUGUGGAUGAUAUGGACAUAUAUUCGGGUGAAAGCUACUCAGUACUCAUCACUACAAACCAGAACCCAUCAUCAAAUUACUGGCUUUCUGUCGGAGUUAGGGGAAGAAAACCCAAUACACAACCUGCUUUAUCUAUCAUAAACUACCUUCCUAAUUCCCCGUCAAAAUUACCAGAAUCUAGUCCCCCAGUCACACCGGUAUGGAAUGACUAUGCCCAUAGCAAAUCAUUCACGUACAAGAUUCUCGCCAAGGAAGGCACACCAAGGCCCCCUCAAAAGCAUAAUAAGAGAAUUGCUUUGCUCAACACACAAAACAAAUUGGAUGGUUAUACUAAGUGGGCUAUCAACAACGUCUCUUUAGCACUUCCUACCACCCCUUAUUUAGGAGCCAUGAAAUUUCAAAUAAAGCAUGCAUUUGAUCCUCAACCACCACCAGAGAACUUCUCCUCAGAUUAUGAUGUGAUGAAACCAGCCAAGAAUCCAAAUACAACGCAGAGUACCAAUGCAUAUGUCUUCCAACUUAACAGCACAGUUGACGUAAUCCUUCAAAAUGCAAAUGCCAUAGCAGAGAACGUGAGUGAAAUACAUCCAUGGCAUUUGCACGGGCAUGAUUUCUGGGUGCUAGGGUAUGGGGAUGGAAGAUUCCAAGAGAAGGAUGUUUCCACGUUUAACCUCAAGAAUCCUCCGCUCAGAAACACAGUAGUGAUUUUUCCUUAUGGUUGGACAGCAUUAAGGUUUGUGACAGACAAUCCUGGAGUUUGGGCAUUUCACUGCCAUAUAGAACCACAUCUGCAUAUGGGCAUGGGUGUAAUAUUUGCAGAAGGUAUUGAAUAUGUCGGGAAAAUUCCAAGAGAUGCUAUAACUUGUGGGCUGACUGGAAAGAUGUUAAUCAACAACCAUCUUCCUUAAUUGAUGCACUCUGAUCCAGUCAUUCGUCUAUGAGGCUGAUCAAUCAAGUUGUUUUUUAUUAGUAUGUCACUUUUUAAGAAGAGCAACUAGGAAAUGAUUGGGACCAAAGCUGUCAGAUUAUGAACUUGUAUGGAAUAUGGUUUUGAUAUCUCACUAACCUUGAAUUAAUAAUGUAA